AUGGCACCAGACGGACGUCUCCUGCCUCUCGAAAGCUCCGAGCAUCCAGCCGGCUCCCAGUCAUUGUCAGACAGCUCAAUACAGGCUAGCGGGCUUCACGAGGAGCCGGAGCGUGCAUUGACCAAGCGCGUACUCUCUAUGGCUCAUCUGCAAGUCUUCAUCGCCUCACCGACACAUCAGCAGCUCGUUGGAUUCGUGGAAGCGCUCGACGCGGCAGUCGUUGGCAUACCACUCACCGCGACGGAUCUGCAUAUGUCUCCCCUUGUCAAUGGCUUGCUGGACCUGCUCUCGAAGGUCGAACAAACCAUUGAGCGCUUCCCAGCAGCCGAAAACGGCGGCAGUCGCUUCGGGAACCCAGCUUUCCGUGAGCUUUACGAUGCUCUUCAGGAGAACAUUACGAAGUAUCUUCUCGAGUUGCCAGACAUCAUGCGCGCCAAUAGCACAGCAAGGGCGGAGCUCGCUGCAUAUUUAAGCGAAUCAUGGGGCAACCGAACUCGUAUUGACUAUGGCAGUGGCCACGAGCUCAACUUCAUGUGCUUCCUGCUUUCGUUGCAGCUACUCGGUCUGCUGACCGUGCAAGAUCACCCUGCACUCGUACUGCGCGUCUUCUGGCGAUAUCUGAACAUCAUGCGCACGUUACAGAGUACAUACUGGCUCGAGCCAGCCGGCUCACACGGCGUUUGGGGACUUGACGAUUACCACUCUCUGCCAUUCCUCUUUGGGGCAGCUCAGUUGAUAGGCCACAAGCAUAUCAAGCCAAAGUCGAUCCACUCGGCUGACAUCGUCAAUGAAUACAGCAAAGACUACAUCUAUCUUUCUUGCAUCAAGUUCAUCAACAGUGUCAAGACGGCUGGACUGAGGUGGCAUUCGCCCAUGCUCGAUGACAUCUCAGGAGUCAAAACAUGGGAGAAAGUCAACUCUGGUAUGAUCAAGAUGUUCAAGGCAGAAGUGCUUGCAAAGUUGCCUGUCGCACAACACAUCAUGUUUGGCACCUUGUUGCCUUUUCCCCAGACUACUCUGUCGGAUGCAGGCAAUACAGUCCACGAGGAGGGCGUCUCGCGUGACGCUCACGGCCACAUCCACGUUCGCGGUCAAGGCAUCGAAGAAUGCUGCGGUAUACCUGUACCGUCCGCGUUCGCUGCUGCCAAGGAAGUGUCAGCUCGAACGCCUCUCUUUGCGUCGGGCGCAGUCAAACGCAUACCUUUCGACUGA